AUGAAUGUUCUUGAUAGAUCAUUUAUAUUUUCUGACCUUGCUCAAAGGCGUACUCCGAUUGUUAAUUACACUAUUAAUGGUCAUAACUAUGCAAUGGGGUACUAUCUUGCUGAUGGCAUUUAUCCGCAAUGGGCAACAUUUGUUAAAACUAUCUCAACUCCACAAGGAAACAAGAAAAAAUAUUUUGCUACAGCCCAAGAGUCCGCAAGGAAGGAUGUGGAGCGUGCUUUUGGUAUGCUUCAAGCACGAUUUGCUAUAAUUCGUGGACCUGCACGGCUUUUCCACAUUGAAACACUCAAUGAAAUUAUGAUGGCAUGUAUAAUUUUACAUAAUAUGAUCAUUGAAAAUGAACGGGAUGACAAUGGAGAAGAAGAAUUCGAAUAUGAACAGUUGCCAGAAACAUACAAUGAUCCAAUGUCAACCGGCCCUACACCUGAAUUUAGCGAGUUCAUUCAACGUCAUCAUGCUCUUAGGGAUAGAAGAAUCCAUUCUCAACUCCAAAGAGAUCUCGUCGAGCACUUAUGGCAAUAA